AUGGCUGUCUCAGUGCUUCGGAUGACCAGUGUCCUGGGACUGCUUAUAUUUAUCUUGACUUGCCAUGCUGAUGACAAACCAGACGACAAACCAGACGACAAACCAGAUGACAAGCCUGAUGACAAGCCUGAUGACUCAGGCAAAAAACCAGAGCCAGAGCUCCCCAGUUUCCUACACCUCUUGGGCACAGAGAUCAUUGAGAACGCGGUGGAUUUCAUCCUCCGCUCGGUGACGAGAGAAGAACGAACAGGAUUUAUGGAAUUUGACGAUAAGCAAGAACAUUCAUCAAAGUGACCUCCCAGGUGAUUUUAACUUACAAUUUUCAACUAAAAUAAUAGUAUAUG